AUGAGUUGGAGAUGCUCUUCUACCAGCAACGAAGGUCUUAUAUCCAAUCUGUUUAGACAUGGGCUCAUCAAGAACGAUACUGUUGACCGGGCUCACUUCAGUCCCAUAAUGCCGUACGAAGACUCCCCCCAAAGAAUCGGAUACGAUGCUACUAUAUCCGGUAUAUCCUUCCACUAUAAAAAUCAUGCUGCUGAAGCUCUCUUAGACCGAUUGGGCCCCGGCAAGACGGUUCUUGAUGUCGGAAGCGGCAGUGGAUACCUCACAGCUGUCCUGGCGCACUUAGUGGCCCCGGGUGGAGUAGUAGUGGGUAUAGAACAUAUCCAGCAAUUAUGCGACCUCAGCACAGAAAACCUAAAGAAAGACCCCGUGCACUCCAGAAUGCUUCAAGAUGGGACAAUAAAAAUCAUUCGAGGGGAUGGAAGGCUUGGUUAUCCAGAAGGUGGACCGUUUGACGCGAUUCAUGUUGGUGCUGCAGCAUCUAUCAUGCCACAGGCGCUUAUCGAUCAACUUAAGGCACCAGGCAGGAUGUUUAUACCAGUUGAUGGAGGCUUCAGUCAGUAUAUUUGGCAGGUUGACAAGGACGAGGGAGGAAACGUAAAGAAGGAGAAGCAGUACGGAGUCCUGUAUGUUCCACUCACCGAUGCAAAGGAUUUCCGUGACGAAAAUUAG